AGGAAUCCGCUCAGUAUAUUGAUAGACAUGCAAGAAAGUCUAGAGAGCAUCUAAAAACAUGGAGUGCCAGAUUGCGUCGAAGAUGGAUCGAAGUUACUGGUGAAGAGCGUGAAUUACCACUAACCUUAAAAGAAUACCCAAAUGGUAGGCAUUUUAUUACUAACGAAGAGGCUGAAAAAUGGGAUAAAGAGCAUCAUGAUCCCGAAGAAGCUAGACUUCCAACAAAAGCAGAGAUAGAGGAAGAAAUCGAAAAAAAUAG